GCGAGCUGCCAACGCCCGGCGGAGACUCUGAGGUUCUCAUUGGAGUUGAUAUUCUAGUAGACUUCAGCUAUGCAGACGAUCAAGUGUGUAGUCGUGGGUGAUGGUGCUGUUGGUAAAACCUGUCUCUUAAUUUCUUACACAACAAAUAAAUUCCCAUCGGAAUACGUACCAACGGUUUUUGAUAACUAUGCUGUAACAGUGAUGAUUGGAGGAGAGCCUUACACCCUAGGCCUCUUUGAUACUGCAGGUCAGGAAGACUAUGAUAGAUUACGACCCCUCAGCUAUCCACAGACAGAUGUAUUUCUGGUCUGUUUUUCAGUGGUGUCUCCUUCUUCAUUUGAAAAUGUGAAAGAAAAGUGGGUACCUGAAAUUACUCACCACUGUCCAAAGACUCCUUUCCUGCUUGUUGGGACCCAAAUUGAUCUAAGAGAUGAUCCCUCAACAAUUGAGAAACUUGCCAAGAACAAGCAGAAGCCCAUAACUCCAGAGACGGCUGAAAAACUGGCCCGGGACCUGAAGGCUGUCAAAUACGUGGAAUGCUCUGCACUUACGCAGAGAGGUCUGAAGAAUGUGUUUGAUGAGGCUAUCCUAGCUGCCCUCGAGCCUCCGGAAACUCAGCCCAAAAGGAAGUGCUGUAUAUUCUAAACUUUCUCCUUCCCCUCUUGCUGCUGCUUCCUCUGUCCCACUACUGUAGAAACCUGGUUAAAAAAAAAAAAGAAUAAAACCACCUUGAUUGAAAGCUGUUGUGUCUGCUUCCCAUCUUAGAGCAACCUCUGUAUUAGCUCUUGGACUGAAAACAAUACUUAAGAUCUUUAGUAAAAUGUUGUGACCGUGGAACACGAACUGGACUCGCUUAACUCUCUGCUGCUUGGGUUGCCAGAUGUGGGUAGCUUUAUAAUUCAGGCUGUUGGGGGAAAGGAUCUGGUUACAUCAUUAUUUAAAGACAGAUCAAAAGAAUAAGACAUGAUGUUUGAUCUUCCUGAAUCCAACCGGAAGAAACGAUGCGUGUUUUUUCAAUUUUUACUUGUGACUCUUGUUAACUGUAUUUGCAUGACAAAAGUACAUGAAACGGUGACCUGCAAGUUACGCUGUAAUGUGAAGGGUUUUCUGGUUCUCCUUUGUGCAGUGAGAUGUUUUUCUGUUGCUAUUGCUUUGGCUGUCUGUGCUGUAGUGGAGUAUUUGUCAGUCCUUGGGGGGAAGGAAAUAUCAAUGUACUUGCUACUGGUUUAUGAACUGUUAAAAUUCUUGCUUUCACUAACAUGGUAGACCUCUUCAUUUCAAUAAUAGAUCCUUAAAGCCUGUUACUGUAAGAUGUAAAGCUGCUUCUUACUAUCAUGCUUCUGAUUUUUAUUGUUUUAAGGAGAAAGCAUCAAUUGUAGCUUGUCUUUAAAUUUUGAAAUUAAAAAUUGCAGUUGUUUGUAUAAAUGACUGAUGAAGCUUUAUUCCGAUUUGCACUUCCUGGCUUCAGUUUAACACUUAACGCAAUGUACAGUACCCGCUUCGUACUCCUCCCAUCUUGACUUCUCUGAUACCAUGCACAGCUUCUGGGCUCUACCUGGCUGCUUCUAACCGUCGGGUGUUUGGGGCCGGAAGCCUGACCAGAGUGCGUACCGGACCGAUUUAUCGUUGCAUGCUUGCCUUGUCUCUUCUCUCCCCUGACACGCGGGUGUCUGCACUGCUGUACCCGGCGUGCUCCAGAUCGAGCUCUUCCAUUUGAAUGCAGCACUUUCUGCUUUGUCAUUAGCUUGUUGAAACGUGUUAGUAGCCAACUAAUGAUAAAAAUUGCCUUAAGGAAAUGACUUUGGUUACGUGUGUUUUGCUUCUUGUGAAGUAUACUGGUCUGGUCCCAAAGGAUUCGCGUUCCUGUUCAGAAAAUCAGAUGCUGUGCUAAGGAACUGCUAACCACAGCAACGCAGCUUGGACAGAGCCUAGCUGAGCAAAGGAGACUCUGGGAGUUGUAGAUGGCAAACCUCGAUUCGUCAUUAGAGGGGUUUGUCUGCCGCUUGGCUUUCUGUGGUUUUGUUUGUGUGAAAACUCAAAAAUGAGACUGCCCCUUUCUCUCU